GUUAUGUGAUAUUCACAAAUUGAUUUUCAACGCCUGCCAUCGCCCAUUCCCCUCAAACUCAAUUCCUCCUCCAUUCUUAUUUUCGCUUUCUCAAUUCUCACGCAUUUCGCCUGCCAUUCUCGUUUCCUCCGCCGACAACCCUUUCUUCGUUAUUUCUCUUCCAAUCUCUUCAUCUUCAUCUUCAUCUUCAUCUUCAACUCUUAGUCCUUCUCCUCUUUAAGAUAUGGCAACUGGAACAGCUCCCCCAAGAGGUAGUGCUGCUGCUGCUGCUAGCCUUCGCCGAAGGAGGACAACAAGUGGUGGAGCAGCUGGAGGUGCUUCCGGAACUAUGUUGCAGUUUUACACCGAUGAUGCUCCGGGUUUGAAGAUCUCCCCCAAUGUUGUACUGAUGAUGAGCAUUGGUUUCAUUGCUUUUGUUGCCAUGCUUCACGUCGUAGCAAGCUAUCCACAAGAUCGGCAAUCCCUUCUCGACUUUUCCGAUUCGCUUUCCUCAUCCUUUAGCCCAUUGAAUUGGAGUUAUGACUAAUUCUUGUUCUUCAUGGGAAGGAAUUAUGUGUAAUAAUGAGGGCAGAGUAACCCAUUUGUGGUUACCCUUAAGAGGCAGUAUCUCCUCUUCAAUCUGUGGUCUUAAAACUCUUACCUUAAUUUGUCUUACAAUAAGCUUUUUGGGUUGCUCCCAAAUGGGAUAUUCAGCUCAUUGAUCAACUUUGAGAUCAUUGACAUAAGCUCCAAUUCUUUAUCGGGUAAUCUUUCAGUAUCCGGGAGUUUUUAUUCAUUGAUUCGUGUUAUAGAUGUUUCUAGCAAUCAAUUCCAUGGAAGGACUGAUCCGUCUUGGUUCAUUCUUGGGAAGGAUUUGAUAAGUUUCAAUGCUAGCAACAACGGCUUCACUGGAAUCAUUCCUUCAGCUAUCUGUACUGCUUGUCCUCUGCUCAAAACACUUGAUUUUUCUUACAAUAGUUUUAGUGAUCAGAUUCCGGUUGGGCUUGGGAGAUGCUCGAGACUUGAGAUACUCCGAGCUGGUUUCAAUUUUCUUUCUGGAGUACUUCCUGAUGACAUUUACGAGCUGCGAUCACUUCAUUAGUUGGCAGUUCCAGGAAAUAACAUAAGCGGCACAAUCGGAAAUAAAUUGUUAAGACUUGAAAAUCUCAGGAUAUUAAAGUUACACUCGAACAAUUUCGAAGGCGCGAUUCCUAUGGAAAUCAGGAAACUAUCUAAACUAGAACAACUGCACCUUAAUAUUAACAAUCUCAAUGGUUCGAUACCAGAAUCAUUGCUGAACUGCAAAAAUCUAGUGAAACUCAUUUUCAGAGUAAACUACCUGCAAGGUAACAUCUCUAAGCUCGAUUUCUCGAGACUUGUCCACCUCCAGAUACUGGACCUUGGUAACAACUUCUUCAUGGGUAAUUUACCCAAGAGUUUAUUUGCCUGCAAGUCGCUUACCGCAGUUAGAGUAUCAAGCAAUAGCUUAAUAGGACCUAUAUCACCGAAAAUAACAGUGUUAACGUCUUUAACUUUCCUUUCACUCUCCAACAAUAGCUUCAGCAACUUAUCGGAGGCAAUCAAGAUUUUCGCAGGUUGCAAGAGCCUCGUCACCCUCAUCCUGUCGAAAAUUUUUUAUAAUGAAACUAUACCCGGUGAAAAGAAUAUAUUAGGGCCAGAAGGUUUUAAAAAAUUACAAGUGCUUGCUUGUGGAGAAUGUAGCCUUCAGGGUGAAUUCCCGAGUGGCUGGUUUAUAUAAAUAGUCUUGAAGUUUUAGACUUUUCGUUCAAUCAAAUAACGGGAAGAAUCCCCUAUUGGAUCGACAAUCUUUCAAGCCUGUUUUAUUGUCGAUGAAUCUUUUUACAGGAGAAAUUCCUCCUGCAACUCAACCAGCUUCCGGCAUUAGUCUUGAGGAGGGUAGCCCAAAAAUUGAACCGUAGCUACCUUGAGCUCCCAGUUUUUGUAGCCCUGAACAAUGCUACUCGAUACCAAUACAACCAGCUUGAAAAACCUUCCGCCGGCAAUAUAACUUAGUGGUUAUAUUCCAGUUGAGUCAAGCCAACUACAGAAUCUUCUAGUGCUAGAUCUCAGCGAAAACCGGUUUUCGGGCACUAUUCCACCCGAGUUUUCAUAUCUAACGAAUCUAGAAAUGUUGGAUCUUUCUUGGAACCUUAAAACCGGGCAGAUUCGGACAUCAUUGAAAAGCCUAAAUUUCUUAUCCAAGUUCAAUGUUUCGUACAAUGAUCUAGAAGGACCGAUACCUACAGGAGGUCAAUUCGACACUUUCACAGAAUCUAGCUAUGUUGGUAAUGACGGGUUAUGUGGUCGGGUUCUGCAGCUCUCUUGUUCAACCAAUCAACCAGUUCGAGGAGAACAGUAUCAGCACUUAGCUGAUAUAAACCUAAAGAAACUCCAAUUGGAAGGAUUUAUAGCUGGUUUCGUCAUAGUAUUUUUAUCUGUUCUUGCAGUGCAAGCAUACAAUCAUCAGAUGUCCCUUUUUUACAGAAAGAAGCAAAUAAUGGAUCUCUCAGUCAUUAGCUAAUGCACUAGAUGCACAAUUGACAGACAAUACCAGAACACUUAUCAGCAGAAGCACAAACAUGAAUUUUUCUUGGGUUUACAAUUAUUUUGCAUUUUUCUUUCAAGCAGUAGUUGUAAUUCAAACCUUUGUAAGACUAUUAUUUUGAGUGUUCAGAGCAUGAUCAACUGGUGGUAUGUUAAGAUUUGCAUAAAUCGUAUUUUUAUUUUAUUUUUAUUUUUUGAC